AUGGAUGCAUCGGACAUUCUCGUGACCGAGCGCUUGCGGGCGGGCGGGCAAGGUGUCGUCGACCGCGGCCGCUACAAGGGCACGUGUGACGUCGCCGUCAAGUCGGUGCUUUCAACGUCCUCGGUCUCGUCGCUGGAGGACGAAAUCACCGUCUUGACCAAGUGUACCUCGCCUUUCAUCCUGCCGCUGCUCGGCUACGUCAGAGACCCAUAUAUGAUGGUGCUUCCGUUCAUGGACGGCGGCAACCUCCGCGAGUACCUCGACGGCGUCCGUGAAGAGCGACUGCCCGAGAUGUACGCGACCGUCGAGAUUGCAUACGCCAUCGCGUCGGCCCUUGCGCAUUUGCACGCAAAGUCGCUCCUCCACCGGGAUUUGAAGUCGGACAAUAUCCUCCUGAGCCGUCGGCGCUUCGUGCAGGUCGCCGAUCUCGGGUCGGCCCGCGACCACGCGCAGGACACGACGAUGACGCAAGCCGUCGGCACGCUCCUGUGGAUUGCCCCCGAAGUCUUUAACGGCGGGCGCUACGCGUUCUCGGCCGACGUCUUUUCGUUUGGCGUCAUUUUAACCGAACUCGACACGCGUCAGAAGCCGUAUUUUGACGCGCCAUUGCGGGGCUUUCAGCUCACGGACGCGAUUCGCGCGGGCGAUCUGGUGCCGUCUCUGCGCGCCACGUGUCCUGCGUGGUAUCGAUCCCUCGCCCAAGCGUGUUUGCUUCUCGACCCGAGCGCCCGGCCGGCCGCGACCGAGAUCCAGGCCACACUGGCGCUGCAUUUGCCACGCGCCAGCCCUUUGGCUCUUGCACCCUGCACUGCGUAACACCCAACUCGUCGCUUCUUGAACCGUCAACUCAAUGUAUUGUGAUCCGA